ACGUCGUCGCGAUGCGUUAAAGUGAUUGGUCUCCAGCGAGCCCUGUGGGCGUCCAACGAGAUCACGACGGAAAAAAAAAAAAGAAAAAAGAAAGAAAUUAGAGCAGACCUUCAAAACUCUCCACAAAUGACUAUUUACGUCGGAUGAGAGCGGCUGGAGCAGGAGUUCGACAGCUGCUUUGACGGAAAAGGAAGAAUAUAUCUGUGAGGACUAAAAAAAAAAAACAAACGGAGAAAGGAGGUGAAGAGGAGCUGUGACUGUCUGGAUUAUCACUCGCUGAAAAAAGGGAAAACAAGCGACGUUUGGCGGACAUUUAUAUCCGCUCAGAGAGGAUGAGGUGACCGGCGGAACUGAGGGAAGAAAAGUGCCUGGGAGUCCGAGUCUUCCAGAGGGGCUUCGAUGUGAGCGGAUGUCCCGAGUCGUCCUAGAAGCAGCGCUGUAGCUGCCGGGAUUUACCGCAGACGGGGCUCGAACCUCCGCACUUCGGUUCGUUCGGAGCCCGAAACCACCGCCUCCCCCUCACCCCCCCACCCACCCCCAGUCAGAUCUGCGUUCGUGCCGAUGCCCACGGCGGACUGCAGGUUGCUCCGUCAUGGCCGGAUCAUGAGGUGUUUGACUUAUCUCCUGUUACUCCCAGAAACGCUGAAAAAGUCCAAAAAGGUCGGCAAGCUCCCGGGCGGGCUGCCGGUAUGUUAUGAGAUCCUGACUCUGCCCCUGACCGCCAACAAGAAGAAGAUGGCCGCGGAGCUCUAUCCCGCAGCCAACGCCGAAAACACCAACCUGGCCAACGGCACCACGGUGGCGGACACCGAGAAGAGCAAGGAGGUGCCGGUGAGCCGGGCCGUCACCAUGGCGACCAGCCCGACCAACCAGCAGAACCUCAACAACAACAACGUCGACCCACCCAGCUGGCAGUGCAGCCACCCCACCCUGAGAGAGAGGAAUGCCUUGAUGUUUAACAAUGAGCUCAUGGCUGAUGUCCACUUCAUUGUCGGCCCCUCGGGGGGAGCGCAGAGAAUUCCUGCACACAAGUAUGUGCUGGCUGUGGGAAGCUCAGUCUUCUGUGCCAUGUUUUACGGUGAUCUGGCGGAGGAGGAGUCGGAGAUCCGGAUCCCAGAUGUGGAACCUACUGCUUUUCUAAUUCUGCUGAAGUACAUGUACAGCGAUGAGAUCGAGCUGGAAGCGGACACGGUGCUGGCCACCCUAUACGCUGCCAAGAAGUACAUCGUUCCUGCACUGGCCAGGGCCUGUGUCAACUUCCUGGAAACUAGCUUGGAAGCCAAAAAUGCAUGCGUGCUGCUCAGCCAGAGCCGCCUGUUUGAGGAGCCUGAGCUGACACAACGCUGCUGGGAGGUGAUUGACGCUCAGGCCGAGUUGGCCCUGUGCUCAGAGGGCUUCUGCGAGAUAGACUUGCAGACACUGGAGAUCAUCCUGCGGCGGGAGACCCUCAACACCAAGGAGGUGGUGGUGUUUGAAGCUGUGAUGAACUGGGCUAUAGCAGAGUGUAAGAGACAAGGUUUAGGGCCCACCACGCGCAACAAGAGAGACGUCCUCGGGAAGGCAUUGUUCCUUGUGCGCAUCCCCACCAUGAGUCUGGAGGAGUUUGCCAAUGGGGCGGCGCAGUCUGACAUCCUGACACUGGAAGAGACCCACAACAUGUUCCUGUGGUACACUGCGGCUAAAAAGCCUAAUCUGGAGUUCCCGCUUGCUACAAGGAAGGGCUUGGCACCUCAGAAGUGCCACCGCUUCCAGUCGUCAGCCUACCGGAGCAAUCAGUGGCGCUACCGAGGCCGGUGUGAUAGCAUCCAGUUUGCUGUAGACAAGAGGAUCUUUAUUGCUGGCCUGGGGCUGUACGGGUCGAGCGGAGGCAAGGCAGAGUACAGCGUGAAAAUUGAACUGAAGAGACAAGGGGUCAUCCUGGCGCAGAACCUGACAAAGUUUGUGUCGGACGGCUCGAGCAGUACAUUUCCGGUGUGGUUUGAGCACCCUGUUCAGGUGGAGCAGGAUGCGUUCUACACAGUCAGUGCAGUGCUGGAUGGGAACGAGCUGAGCUAUUUUGGUCAGGAGGGAAUGACUGAGGUGCAGUGUGGGAAGGUGACAUUUCAAUUCCAAUGCUCGUCAGACAGCACCAAUGGGACCGGGGUACAGGGAGGACAAAUACCCGAGCUUGUGUUCUAUGCAUAAGCCGCUCUGGACCACUGCUGGGGAAAAUGAGGUUCAUCAUCGCCCCUCUGCCUUCAAAGCGUUGUAGCAUUAAAGACACUUGAGUAACGUCAUAGUAAAUGGCCUGGUUAGUUCUCUGAAAGACUAUUUUUUAAAGUGAAUGAGCCGCUAUUUUUUAUUUUAUUUAAUUUAAGGUUAUUUUUCUAAUUUAAAUUGUAGCUUGUACUUAACGUUAUUUGCUCUACCACCUGUGCUAUGGGCUGCGGCCGCUGUAGGAGCAACAGUGAUAUUUGUGGUUAUUUAAUCGACCUGUGCUCCUCAACAACGGGAUCAAAUGGGGCUGCUUCAAAUUGUGAAACUGCGAAUCUUUAUUAUGUUACUAUAGUUGGAGCAAUGUUACCAAGGAGCUAACGUUAUGUAGUGUUACGUUUCCAAAUGCAAAAAGUAGACCUGUCAGAAACUGUCAUUUUGCACUUAAGAGGGUGGCCUCGGCAAUAUUGGUUUUUUUUUGUAUAAUACAGUUCAGCUGUUAACAACUUGA